ACGGCGUGCUAAUGUUUUGCACCGUCUCGACUGCUUGACAUGCGUUACUAGAACAGAACUACACGACUAGCGACUAUACGAGAAAACUCAACUGCGUUGUACGGACUGCUCGCGCCGCUGUUGCCAGUGGAAUCUUGUAGUUCCAGAAGGGGGGACACCCAAAAGGCACUGGCUGUUCCAGGGCUAAACUGACUGACUUCGCCCGUGCCAUGACUUGCACCGCCGGGUGUCCGUGAAAAUAAUAAGAAUCGGCAGCAGUCAUGACAUCGGUUUGGAAAAGACUUCAGCGAGUCGGGAAGAGGGCUUCGAAGUUUCAAUUCGCUGCGACUUACCAGGAACUGGUGGUUGAAUGCACGAACAAAUGGCAACCAGACAAGCUAAGAGUGGUUUGGACCAGAAGAAACCGGCGCAAUUGCUCAAAGUUGCAUGGCUGGCAGCCGGGUAUCAAGAACCCCUACAGGGGCAUGGUGGUGUGGCAGGCCCCUGAGAGUGUGGACAUCACCGUCACGCUCUUCAGGGACCCAAACGCAGAAGAAUUUGAAGACAAAGACUGGACAUUCAUCAUUGAAAAUGAGACGAGUAAGGGCCAGCGGAAGGUUCUGGCGUCGGUGGACGUGAACAUGAAGCGCUACGCCAGCGCCACGCCGGCCACGUUCGAGCUGGCGCUCAAGCUCAAGCCGCUCUCCGUGAAGGUGGUGGACGCCACGCUCAAGCUGACGCUCUCCUGUGUCUUCCUCAAGGAGGGAAAGGCCACGGAUGAGGAUAUGCAGAGCUUGGCCAGCCUGAUGAGUCUGAAGCAGUCGGACAUCGGUAACCUAGACGACUUCAGCGAUGAGGAGGACGAGAGGAGGGGCUCCACCACCACCAGCCCUCUGUCAGGUCCUAAUACCCCCUCGAGAAGAAUACGGGACUCUGGCGGCCCAGUGUACACAGCAUCGUCCUCUGCCUCUCGCCGAGGCCAGAGGGGCUCGGCUGACCUUCCGAUGGGGCAACCCGGCCCCCCUCUCGAGGGUGCCACUGCCACGGCCCCCACCUUCUCCAAAGUCCCCCCUGCCGUCAAACCCAGACCCCUGUCCUUCACUGGCCCCGGCACCCCUCCUCAGCCCUCUCCUCUGUCCUCCUCCUCAUCCACUGCUACUGCACCCCCCCAUGCUGCUCCUGUACCCGAUACCUCUCACACAGUCACCUACUCAGCUGCCCGCUCCAGUGCGUGGAGGCCCCACAGCUUCCCCUCCUCUCUCGGCCCCUCUCCUCCAACCUCCAUUCGUUCUCCUCCGCCACCCACAUGUGCUCCUCCUCCUCCACCUCCUCUUGCUUCUCUUCCUGCUACUCCUGAUUCUCUUCCUCCUGUUCAUCUCGGCUCCUCUGCUCCCGGCGUGGCAGCGCUGCCCACGGCCCGUCACUCGAAGUCGUUCCACGACUCGGUGGCCGAGCCCGGUUCUGUCUCCGCCCUAAUCAGGCCCACCAGCCUGCCCUCUGACCCCGAGUCAGCAGCAUCCUGGCAGGACGAAUGGCGCUCCCCAAAACACACCACGCCCCUCGCCCCAGUUCCUAUCCCCACCACCGUCCCUCCUCCAACUCUCAGACCCUCCUCCACCACCACCACCACCACCCGCACUGACUCGGCCGACACCGUCCCUCUGCAGACAGCGCAAGGCUUGGAGACAUUCUGUAAUCCUGCAUCCUUUUCCUCUUCCUCCUCCCCCUCUCUGUCAACUCCUCCCAUUGUCCCCCUGGCCCCUCCUCCCUCAUCUGUGAAAGCCACUCCCCUUGUCCCCUCGUCCGUUGUCGGCUCCAUGCAAACUCACCCUGCUGUGCGUUCUUCUGCAUCUACGUCUGCUGCUGCUGCGGCUGCCCAGUCCUCUGCUGCCAUCACCGUGUGUGCCACUGUCCAUGCCUCGCCUCCCUCAUCCCAAACUCCGCCCCCUACCCUGGCUUCACUUCCUGCUGCUGCUGAUUCCCCUAUGGAAGUAGAGAGCAUGGCUUUGACUCCACCCACAGCACAGGUCACUCCCCCACUACACACCACUCCCACACCACUGUCUCCUCCCCUUGAUCUGGCUUCAUUUCCUGGUAUCGCUGAUUCCCCAAUGGAAGUAGAGAGCAUGGCUUUGACCCCACCCACAGCAAAGGACACUCCCCCACUACACACCACACUCACCUCACUGUCCCCUCCCUCUUCACUUUCCUCCAUCGAUCCAUACAUGGUCAUGGCACCCACCGUCCAACUGUCCCCGGAUGUCUGUCUUUCUUUCAUCCCCUGUCCCUCUGUCCCUCUCUCCCCUGACCCUUCUGUGUCUCCUGACUCCAUCCCCUGUUCCCCUGAUGUCUGUGUCUCCUCUGAUCCUGUUGUCUUUACUGCUGAUGCUGCCCAAGUUUCCUGUGUUGUCAGUGCCAACCCUGCCAAUCCUUCAGCUGCUACGGCUGCUGCUCCUGCCUCCGUUGUCUCCUCGUCAGCCUCUGCCCCUGCCCCUGCAGUCCAGGUGUGUGAGUGGCGUCACCAGGUGGUGCCCACUGUGUUGCGCCCCAGUGCCCGGAAACCUCAGGCCGUCCCUGCCGACACGGAGACCCCUGUCCCUAUGCCCGUCGUUCCCUCUCCUGAUCCUCCUGCUCCUCCUAGUGCCGCUGCUGUAGGUGCUCCUGCAGCUGCUACUGUGCUCCCCUCUUCUCCAACUCCUGCCACCUCUAGUCCUCUUCCUCCUCCUCCUCCUCCUGUGCAGGCCCAGGUUUCUUCUUCUCCCCUUUCCUCGCCUCCUGUGCCCCCCUCUGCUCCCCUGUCUGAUGAGCAAACAGAGUACCAGAGGCAGCUCAGCACAUUAGCAGAGGAGGAGCUGACCAGCUCAACCAGUCCAACGGAAGACAAACACUUGAACCUCGGGCGUCCAGGGGAGAGGAAACGAGAAGGGGACUCCAUGUUCGGCCUGGAGGUGGUGAAGGCAGCCAAAGGACUGGACAACAUGACUCCUCUACUGCCCCCCAGUCCAAAGCAACCCAGUCCCUCAGAAUUCACAUAUUUCGAGCUGCCAAAAACGCCUAGUGACGCCCCUGAGAAAAGUCCCGCAGAAGCAUCCCCCACCAAACCCACAAAGUCACACCCUUCCCCACCCUUGAAUGUAUCACUGCCAAAGGAGGUAUCUGCAUCCUCAAAGGUGUCCACAGAGGCUUCAAAGCCAUUGGCUGCUGAGCCGGUACCUCCACCCAUCCCGCCAAGGGCCUCUGAACGAGAAUCCAUCUAUGUUUCCCAACGAGACUGGAGGGUGAUCCCUCUGACUGAUCGUGAGGGUUCCGCCAGCCCUGGCUCAGCCUAUGACCUCAUAGACGAGGAUGAGAUUCCAGUAGCGGAAGAGCGGGAGGCAGGAAAGGAAUAUAAAAAGGCGAAGGAAGUGAUGAAAAAGCAGGAUGUCGGUCUUGCCUCAGUGGGAGAGGAGUGUGAAAUGGUUCUAGAAAAGCCUCACGUAGACUGGGGACCUGGUGACAUGGCUGCUUUGAUGCCCUCUUGCCCAAGACUCUCCAGUUCUCCGGGGGUGCCAUCCACAAUGAGACACAGUGCCAAUGAGGCCCAGGUUGGGGAAUGGGACUCUAAUAGGGACGAGGUGCUGCAAAACCCUUCCAAACAAGCCCCCAGCGUCUCCAUCCUUCAGGGACCCUCAGCCACCAGGGGGAGUACUGCUGGAGAGCAGCGUGUCAACACAACAGGAAUGGCAUACAUGUUACCAUGUUGUCCAAGAGAAGCAAGCAUUCCCGGGUUGCCGUCAACGCAUAUGCAGCAAGGAGUUUCCUCUUCGGAGGUCGUCAUAGACCCAAACAUGGUAAAUCUACUUUCAAGUUGUCCAAAAGCAUCGAAAAUUCCCGGCAUGCCAUCCAGGCAGAAACUAAGCAAGAAAAAGUCUAAGGGAAAUGGAUGGCUGAAAAGCAAGGAGACGCUGUGUCAAGCUAGGCACAGAAAAGAAAAGACUGUGGCCUUGGCCAGUCCUGGCAGAAAUUACAAAGACAAAAAGUCCAGAAAACACAUGGUGGCUCUUGUGCCAACCUGUCCCCAAAAAAGUAGGAUACCAGGAUUGCCAUCAGCACCAAGACCCAGAGCGAGUCCAAAAACACAAAUGCCAAGUAUGAUUGACACACUACCAGGUUGUCCAAAAUCCACACAAGUCCCUGGGUGGCCAACUGCAGUCGCUUCAAGCGAAAAACUGGCUCAGAGGUGGCCGUCUGAAGACAUUGUGUUCUAUAGGCCGGUCAAAGAUAAACCACGAAUACUUCAUCUACACGACCUUGGCAAAUUUUAUCAUGACAUGGAAAUGUCAAAAACCAUGGUGGUUCUUGUACCAACUUGUCCAAGAAAAGCUUUAAUUCCAGGCUUUCCAUCUGUGCCAAGAGACCCACAUCAUAUUAGUACUGCACCCAGUAUGGUAAAUGUUUUACCAACUCUCCCCAAAUCUUCAGACGUUUCUGGAGUACCUUCAAAGUUACUCAAAGAGUCCAGCGACUGGCAGACAAGAGAACAAUCUCUGCUGUGGGAGAAGCCACUGAAGAGUCAAGCAUUUGAUUUCACAGCAUCCCCCAUGCCUGUGGAGAAGAUCGUUGCCAUGGCGAAUAUGCGUCCAUCUUGUCCUGAAUCUGCCAGCAUUCCUGGUUGUCCCUCAGCACCACAACCCGAGAUACUCAGGGCUCCUUGUAUAGCUAACCUGGUGCCCUCUUGCCCCAAAGUUUCUAAAGUUAUUGGAUUGCCAUCAAUUACGGGCGUUGAUACACAACAACAUAUGUCACUGUGGCACCAAAAUAGAAAUAGAUCCUUUUGGGUAAAACAAACAAAGGACCCGGCAAGAGUCUUUGCACCUUCAUCACCAGUAAUGAAAUUGUUGAAAGACAAGAAUAUCAGAAAAGCCAUGGUUAACAUGAGACCCACAUGCCCAGAGAAAGCACGGAUAUGGGGUGUACCCUCUGCACCAAGGCCUGAACCAAAAAGAGCACAAAGUAUGACAAGUUGUCUGGCAUCUUGCCCAAGGAUGUCCAAGGUUAUUGGUAUUCCAUCGAUCAUGGGAGUUGAUGCACUUGAUGCACAACAACAUUCAUCACGGUGGCAUCAAAAUAGAGAUAGAUCCCUUUGGGUAAAACGAACAAAAGACCCGUCAAGAGUCUUUGCACCUUCAUCUCCUGUAAUGAAAUUGCUGAAAGACAAGAAUAUCAGAAAAGCCAUGAUUAACCUGAGACCCACAUGCCCCGAGAAAGCAAGGAAAUGGGGUGUACCCUCUGCACCAAGGCCUGAACCAAAAAGAGCACAAAGUAUGACAAGUUGCUUGGCAUCUUGCCCAAGGAUGUCUAAGGUUAUUGGUAUUCCGUCGAUCAUGGGAGUUGAUACACAACAACAUUCAUCACGGUGGCACCAAAAUAGAGAUAGAUCCCUUUGGGUGAAACGAACAAAAGACCUGUCAAGAGUCUUUGCACCUUCAUCUCCAGUUAUGAGAUUGUUGAAAGACAAGAAUAUCAGAAAAGCCAUGAUUAACCUGAGACCCACAUGCCCAGAGAAAGCACGGACAUGGGGUGUACCCUCUGCACCAAGGCCUGAACCAAAAAGAGUGCAAAGUAUGACAAGUUGUCUGGCAUCUUGCCCAAGGAUGUCUAAGGUUAUUGGUAUUCCGUCGAUCAUGGGAGUUGAUACACAACAACAUUCAUCACGGUGGCACCAAAAUAGAGAUAGAUCCCUUUGGGUGAAACGAACAAAAGACCCGUCAAGAGUCUUUGCACCUUCAUCUCCAGUUAUGAGAUUGUUGAAAGACAAGAAUAUCAGAAAAGCCAUGAUUAACCUGAGACCCACAUGCCCCGAGAAAGCAAGGAAAUGGGGUGUACCCUCUGCACCAAGGCCUGAACCAAAAAGAGCACAAAGUAUGACAAGUUGCUUGGCAUCUUGCCCAAGGAUGUCUAAGGUUAUUGGUAUUCCGUCGAUCAUGGGAGUUGAUACACAACAACAUUCAUCACGGUGGCACCAAAAUAGAGAUAGAUCCCUUUGGGUGAAACGAACAAAAGACCUGUCAAGAGUCUUUGCACCUUCAUCUCCAGUUAUGAGAUUGUUGAAAGACAAGAAUAUCAGAAAAGCCAUGAUUAACCUGAGACCCACAUGCCCCGAGAAAGCACGGACAUGGGGUGUACCCUCUGCACCAAGGCCUGAACCAAAAAGAGUGCAAAGUAUGACAAGUUGUCUGGCAUCUUGCCCAAGGAUGUCUAAGGUUAUUGGUAUUCCGUCGAUCAUGGGAGUUGAUACACAACAACAUUCAUCACGGUGGCACCAAAAUAGAGAUAGAUCCCUUUGGGUGAAACGAACAAAAGACCCGUCAAGAGUCUUUGCACCUUCAUCUCCAGUUAUGAGAUUGUUGAAAGACAAGAAUAUCAGAAAAGCCAUGAUUAACCUGAGACCCACAUGCCCCGAGAAAGCACGGAAAUGGGGUGUACCCUCUGCACCAAGGCCUGAACCAAAAAGAGUGCAAAGUAUGACAAGUUGUCUGGCAUCUUGCCCCAAUGUUUCUAAAGUUAUUGGUAUUCCAUCAAUCAUGGGAGUUAAUGCACAGCAACAUUCAUCAUGGUGGCACCAAAAUAGAGAUAGAUCCCUUUGGGUAAAACGAACAAAAGAACCGUCAAGAGUCUUUGCACCUUCAUCUCCUGUAAUGAAAUUGUUGAAAGACAAGAAUAUCAGAAAAGCCAUGAUUAAUCUGAGACCCACAUGCCCAGAGAGAGCAAGGGUGUGGGGCAUGCCCUCUGCAUCAAAGCCUGAACCAAAGAUAACACCUAGUAUGACAAGUUGUCUGUCAUCUUUUCCAAAGAUAUCCAGGGUUGUUGGUAUUCCAUCUGCCAAGAGGUUAGGGAAAGAUCUCGAUUGUGAGAAAGCUUGGCCUUUCAGAGAGAUGUCAUUAUGUAGAAAACCUUUCACGAGAAAACCAUGUGCUGUGUGUUUGGAACCAGCACAGUACAGGCCAGAAAAUGACUCUGAAAAGAAUCUUGUGAAAAGGAUGGGACUUAUUGUACCAUGUUGCCCAAUAAAAGCAUCAAUACCUGGGUUCCCAUCUUUGCCAAAGCAAGCUCAACAGAUCUCCAAGCAAGUCAACAGGUGUCCAAACAUGGUAAACAUUUUGCCAGCCUCUCCAAACGUUUCUAGUAUUUUGGGAGUGCCAUCCAUUAAAAUGUCAAAACCGAAGAAACACUCAGAAAAAAGUUGGCCAUUAGGCAUUCAACCACGUUUGGUGAAACCACUUAGGAGCAAAUGCUCUAUCCACAAUUUCCCAUCCCAUUACAAUGAGAUUAAAGAUACUUAUAUAAUCAGAGGGAUGCUGUACCUCGCCCCAUCCUGUCCAGGGAAGGCUAGAAUGCCCGGUUUCCCAUCAGCACCAAGGCGCCAACUAACCAAGUUGCCAAGGACGGCCCCUAUGGUGCCAUCAUGCCCAAAGUCAUCACUUGUUCCUGGUAUGCCAUCCCUCCAACAGUCUCAUGCAGGGCAAGAUGUGGAGGUGUGGCAUGCAGAUGUGACAUCAGCAAUUAAACCCCUCAAAGACAAGUCAAGCCUGUGUAUAGAGGAUUGUUCAUCCCAGUAUAGCUCAAUCACGGACAGACAUAUUUUGAGUAGCAUGGUGUCCUUGGUGUCAAGUUGUCCAGUAAGUGCAAGUGUACCUGGUUUUCCAUCUUCCCCAAGUUCAGAGCCUAACCUUCUUCCGGUUUUGGCUGAUGACUUGUCUUCACAACAGCAACAUGAAGAUACUGUGAUGCACAUUGACAGUGGACCUUUAAGCAAAACCUCAAUAACCUGCAUUCCAGCGGAGGCUAUGAAAGCUAUGAAAUCACCAUUGGUGCCAUUGACACCCUCUGGUAAGGAUGAUAGCAUUUCUGAGGUUCACUCUCCAGGCUCUCAAAGUCAUGUACAACUCAUCUGUGAAACGGCUAAAACUCUGCCUUGUCCCAAGGGCAGUAGCCAGGGACAGGUGAGCCCUUCUGAACCAAGCCUUCAGUCUUUGCCUGCUCGUGAUGAUGAGGCAAAAGCAGCCUUACAAACCGUACAAACUGUUAUGAAGGAGACCCAGAAAAGAUCAACAGCUACCAUUGUAAAGGAAGAUGCCGUUUCUGAGGCAGUUACAACUCUGCCUUGUCCUAGUGACAGUAGUCAGGGACAGAUGAGACCUACUGAGCCAAAUCUUCAUUCUUCACCAGCCUGCAGUGAUGACGCAGCCUUACAACCUGCACAAACUGUUUCGGAGACCAAGGAGACCAAGAAGCGAUCAAGAAGGAGAAAAAGAGAUAAAAGACAAGAUGAGGGCACACUGGAUAGGGGGCAUUUGCCAUGCAGAUUAUGGCACUCUGGUCCGGAUACACCCCUACGUUUAACUGUUGUGGAGAGAGCCCUAUGUAUGAUUCCUCUGGCGCCAACAUGCCCUACAACUAGCCGUAUCCCUGGAGUCCCGCAUGCUGAAAUGGCUAGCAGUCAUAGCAGCACAGAGACCGCUUGGCCUGUUCAACAGUGGCAGACAUGGGAUAGACCCCUAAAGAGGGAAACAUCAGCAAAUGUGCUAUUCCUCCCAGAGACAUCAGAGGAAAACAGAGAGCUCAUGAGGCACAUGUUUGCCUUGGCUCCCUCAUGUCCAUCAAGCUCACGCAUUCCUGGAUUCCCCUCAAUAAAGAGACCCAAGAUUGCAGGAAUCCCAGCGGUCACGGUCAACCAAGAAGCAGCCAUUGUCUGCCUAGAACAAGCCGGUCUACAACAAGUCAGUCUAGAACUUGCCACGAGCGUUCUAGAACCAGCUGUGGUCAAUUUAGAACCAGGCAUAGUCAAUCUAGCGCCAUCCACUGCUAACCUAGAACCAACCAUGGUUAAUCUUGCACAUGUUUGCCCAGAGAUGUCGACAAUUCCUGGAAUGCCAUCUCAAAGUGAGACUAAUGUAGGGCAAAUACAAGACAAAACUGUGCUGUGGGACAAACCAUUGCAGUUUAAGGUUACUGAUGUAGAAAUGUUUAAGUCCAGUGAUGAGCUGGCUAGUGGUGACAUGGUGGCUCUAGUGCCAUCGUGCCCAGAAGUUGCAAGUGUGCCUGGUCUCCCAUCUGCCCCACUGCCUAAAUGCAGCUUUGUGCCAAAUAUGACAAGCAUUGUCCCAUGCUGCCCAGACGUUGCGAGAGUUCCUGGCUGCCCAUCUAUAAACAGCGCUGUGGUACCUGAAGCCCUAAUUGACAGGUCCAUUAUCAGGAGCAAGCCCUUGAGAGAUAGCCGAGUGAGAAUAUCGACAGCUACGUCAGAUUACUCAAGCUCUCAGCGUAAAACUAUGUGUGCUCUGGUGUCAACUUGCCCGGAAAAAGCAAGAAUUCCUGGUUUUCCAUCUGCCCCAGCACCUAAACGCAUUUUAAAGCAAGACAUGACAAGCAUUCUCCCAUGUUGCCCAAAAGUGGCAAGGGUUCCCGGCUGUCCAUCCAUAGACAGUUCUGUUGCGCCUAAAGCCUUCAUUGAUGACUCCAUUAUUUCGAGCAGGCCUCUAAAAUCUAGACAAGUAAAAAUCACAGCUACUUCAAAAUACUCAAGCCCUCAGCGUAAAACUAUGUGUGCUCUGAUGUCAACUUGCCCGGAAAAGGCAAGAAUUCCUGGAUUUCCAUCUGCCCCAGCACCUAAACGCAUUUUGAAGCAAGACAUGACAAGCAUUCUUCCAUGUUGCCCAAAACUGGCAAGGGUUCCCGGCUGUCCAUCCAUAGACAGUUCUGUUGCGCCUAAAGCCUUCACUGAUAACUCCAUUAUUUCAAGCAGGCCUCUAAAAGCUAGACAAGAACAAAUCACAGCUUCUCCAGAAUACCCAAGCCCUCAGCGUAAAACUAUGUGUGCUCUGGUGUCAACCUGCCCGGAAAAAGCUAGAAUUUCUGGAUUUCCAUCUGCCCCAGCACCUAAACGCAUUUUAAAUCCAGACAUGACAAGCAUUCUCCCAUGUUGCCCAAAAUUGGCAAAAAUUCCAGGCUGUCCAUCCAUAGACAGUUCUGUUUCGCCUAAAGCCUUCAUUGAUAACUCCAUUAUUUUGAGCAGGCCUCUAAAAGCUAGACAAGCACAAAUCACAGCUUCUCCAGAAUACCCAAGCCCUCAGCGUACAACUAUGUGUGCUCUGGUGUCAACCUGUCCAGACAAAGCAAGAAUUCCUGGGUUUCCAUCUGCCCCAGCACCUAAACGCAUUUUGAAGCAAGACAUGACAAGCAUUCUUCCAUGUUGCCCAAAACUGGCAAGGGUUCCCGGCUGUCCAUCCAUAGACAGUUCUGUUGCGCCUAAAGCCUUCACUGAUAACUCCAUUAUUUCAAGCAGGCCUCUAAAAGCUAGACAAGAACAAAUCACAGCUUCUCCAGAAUACCCAAGCCCUCAGCGUAAAACUAUGUGUGCUCUGGUGUCAACCUGCCCGGAAAAAGCUAGAAUUUCUGGAUUUCCAUCUGCCCCAGCACCUAAACGCAUUUUAAAUCCAGACAUGACAAGCAUUCUCCCAUGUUGCCCAAAAUUGGCAAAAAUUCCAGGCUGUCCAUCCAUAGACAGUUCUGUUUCGCCUAAAGCCUUCAUUGAUAACUCCAUUAUUUUGAGCAGGCCUCUAAAAGCUAGACAAGCACAAAUCACAGCUUCUCCAGAAUACCCAAGCCCUCAGCGUACAACUAUGUGUGCUCUAGUGUCAACCUGUCCAGACAAAGCAAGAAUUCCUGGAUUUCCAUCUGCCCCAGCACCUAAACGCAUUUUGAAGCAAGACAUGACAAGUAUUCUCCCAUGUUGCCCAAAAGUUUCAAGAGUUCCCGGCUGUCCAUCCAUAGACAGUUCUGUGGUACCUGAAGCCCUAAUUGACAGGUCCAUUAUCAGGAGCAAGCCCUUGAGAGAUAGCCGAGUGAGAAUAUCGACAGCUACGUCAGAUUACUCAAGCUCUCAGCGUAAAACUAUGUGUGCUCUGGUGUCAACUUGCCCGGAAAAAGCAAGAAUUCCUGGUUUUCCAUCUGCCCCAGCACCUAAACGCAUUUUAAAUCCAGACAUGACAAGCAUUCUCCCAUGUUGCCCAAAAGUGGCAAGGGUUCCCGGCUGUCCAUCCAUAGACAGUUCUGUUGCGCCUAAAGCCUUCAUUGAUGACUCCAUUAUUUCGAGCAGGCCUCUAAAAUCUAGACAAGUAAAAAUCACAGCUACUUCAAAAUACUCAAGCCCUCAGCGUAAAACUAUGUGUGCUCUGAUGUCAACUUGCCCGGAAAAGGCAAGAAUUCCUGGAUUUCCAUCUGCCCCAGCACCUAAACGCAUUUUAAAUCCAGACAUGACAAGCAUUCUCCCAUGUUGCCCAAAAGUGGCAAGGGUUCCCGGCUGUCCAUCCAUAGACAGUUCUGUUGCGCCUAAAGCCUUCAUUGAUGACUCCAUUAUUUCGAGCAGGCCUCUAAAAUCUAGACAAGUAAAAAUCACAGCUACUUCAAAAUACUCAAGCCCUCAGCGUAAAACUAUGUGUGCUCUGAUGUCAACUUGCCCGGAAAAGGCAAGAAUUCCUGGAUUUCCAUCUGCCCCAGCACCUAAACGCAUUUUGAAGCAAGACAUGACAAGCAUUCUUCCAUGUUGCCCAAAACUGGCAAGGGUUCCCGGCUGUCCAUCCAUAGACAGUUCUGUUGCGCCUAAAGCCUUCACUGAUAACUCCAUUAUUUCAAGCAGGCCUCUAAAAGCUAGACAAGAACAAAUCACAGCUUCUCCAGAAUACCCAAGCCCUCAGCGUAAAACUAUGUGUGCUCUGGUGUCAACCUGCCCGGAAAAAGCUAGAAUUUCUGGAUUUCCAUCUGCCCCAGCACCUAAACGCAUUUUAAAUUCAGACAUGACAAGCAUUCUCCCAUGUUGCCCAAAAUUGGCAAAAAUUCCAGGCUGUCCAUCCAUAGACAGUUCUGUUUCGCCUAAAGCCUUCAUUGAUAACUCCAUUAUUUUGAGCAGGCCUCUAAAAGCUAGACAAGCACAAAUCACAGCUUCUCCAGAAUACCCAAGCCCUCAGCGUACAACUAUGUGUGCUCUAGUGUCAACCUGUCCAGACAAAGCAAGAAUUCCUGGAUUUCCAUCUGCCCCAGCACCUAAACGCAUUUUGAAGCAAGACAUGACAAGUAUUCUCCCAUGUUGCCCAAAAGUUUCAAGAGUUCCCGGCUGUCCAUCCAUAGACAGUUCUGUGGCACCCAAAGCCUUCAUUGAUGACUCCAUUAUUUUGAGCAGGCCUCCGAAAGCUAGACGACUUGGAAUCACAGCAGCUACAUCAAAAUACUCAAGCCCUCAGUGUAAAACUAUGUGUGCUCUGAUGUCAACCUGCCCGGAAAAAGCAAGAAUUCCCGGGUUCCCAUCUGCCCCGCUGCCUAAACGCAGGUUUGUGCCAAACAUGACAAGCAUUGUCCCAUGUUGCCCAAAAGUUUCUAGAGUUCCUGGCUGCCCAUCCAUAGACAGUUCUGUGACACCUAACACCCUAAUUGACAAGUCCAUUAUCUGGGGCAGGACCUUGAGAGAUAGCCAAGUAGGAAUAUCAGAAGCUAAAUCAGAUUAUUCAAGCCCUCAGCGGAAAACUAUGUGUGCUCUGGUGUCAACCUGCCCGGAAAAAGCAAAUGUUCCUGGAUUUCCAUCUGCCCCAACACCAAAACGCAUUUUAAAGCAAGACAUGACAAGCAUUCUCCCAUGUUGCCCCAAAGUUUCAAGAGUUCCUGGUUCUCCAUCCAUAGACAGUGCUGUGAUGUCCGACACCUUUAUUGACAACACCGUUAUCUUCAGCAGACCCAUGAAAGAUGGCGGAGAAGGAAUCACAGCCGCUACUUCCGAUUACUCAAGCCCUCAGUGUAAAAGUAUGUACACUCUGGUGCCAAGCUGUCCGGAAAAAGCGAGUGUUCCUGGAUUUCCAUCAGCCCCACUCCCCAAGAGGUUGGAACAUGACAAGCCCAGUGCAUUGAGCACAAGGUCUUCAUUUCCACAAGUGUCCUCUGCUCCAGAGGUGCCUUCCACCGAGAGGUUGCCCCCUGAGCCGUGGCCUCUUAUGGAAUAUCCAGAGGAGGAGACACCAUUUAAAAGUCCACAGUUUUUACUACAGCUCAUCUCGUCUGCCCUUGGGAGUGUGCCAAACGAAAGUCACAUAGGGCAAAGAAUGAUGUCUUUGGCAUCGGCCAGUCCACAAACAGCUGGUGUUGAGGGAUUCCCCUCUGCUCCACCACUACCACCUUCUAGACAGCCACCACAGAUGUCCUUACUUCUGCCGUCCAUCUCAGCAAUCAGUGACAUACCUGGUAUGCCCUCUUCAACCAUGAUGGCUUUUGACACAAAUCGUGUAGAGUCAUGGACAAGGUUCACAUGUCCAGUGGUGAGGAUACCACUAAAGAAAAGACCUAUUGUGAUGCCUGAUGUCUCGCAGAAUGAUGAACAAACUGUGAGGAGGAGUAUUCUCUUGAAACCAACUUGUCCUGUUAGGGCAGCAAGUCUUGGAUUUCCAUCUCUGCAUUUUCCCCUGACAGUGGAGCAACAUACCAUGACCACUCUGUAUCCAACUUGUCCAAAAGAGUCCUCCAUACAUGGUGUUACUUCCAUACUGAUAGGCCCACCUCAGUUAGCAGAAGAGUUGUCACAAAAACAGCCAUUACUGGAGAGUCCAGUACGCACCAAGCCACCAACUGUUGCUCCCUAUCCAACAAGUGAAGACACAGAGGUUCUGAAAAACAUGGUUCCCAUGGCGCCGUCUUGCCCGAGAGAGGCAAACGCCGCAGGGUUCCCAUCCGUGCCUCCCUUUACCGUUGAAGUGGAUAGUUCAACUCUUCCUGAGGAACUACGAGUUGAGGACAAACAAACUGAUGUCAGUCUCGAGGUGGCCCCUGUUGAUAACUUAAUGGAUGAUGUAGACAUAUCAGAAAUGGACACAUGUGAGGACAUUGAGGACACUGGAAUAAUCAUUGAAGUAAAACAUACAAGUGACAAAUCGUUAACCAUGGGAGAAUCUGAUAGGUCAGCCAAAGAGGAACGUAAAGAGGACGUACCUCCAAUAAAGGAUGAGUCCGUACCAGGUGCAGCACACGACACCGCAGACCUUUCAGAGUCUGGGCUCGUGUUGGACUGGGAGGUGUUGGAGGCCGAGGACGCUGUAGGGAAAGAGGAAGACCCUCCUGGUCUUGUGCAGACCAUAGUUGGUGUCUUCCAUAAAGGUUACGAAACAGUCAGCGCAAUGUUGCAUCAUCCCCCAAGCCCAACAUCACCUCUCCCCCUCGACGAGGACCAGCUCAAAGAUCUCUCCUCAUCGGUGGAUGCCAGCGAUGCAGAUGCAUUCAAAGAAAGCCAAAAGGAACCAGCAGGGGAAGGAACCUCACGCCUCUCAGCAGAGCAAGGUCUCGAUGUUCUUCCAAGUGCAGAGCCACCACGUAGGUUCCAACUGUCCGAGGGAAAGUCUGCGUCCACGUCAGAGUUACAGGGUGGGACGGUUGAAAGCGGCUUCAGCCUGAUGAAGAAAUGGCCCCCGCUGAGCGAUCAUGACCUCUAUGAAAUCACCAACCAGGAGGAGUUCAGCAAGAAGGAAGACGGGAAGGAGGAGCCUUCAUCGUUGAUUGGCACGUCGAGUGAAACUAAAGUGAAAGUGAAAGCCUCGCAGCAGCAGCAGGAAGGCUCUGGUCCAAGUAAAGUAUUUGAGAAAACUGAACUGUCAUGUCUGGAACAAGGCCCCCCGCACCUCAGUACAGAAGGGGCUUCUGUUCCCCCACAACAGCUUUCUGCUAAGGAGAGCUCACAAAUUACACAAGUUGCCCCUGGCACCCAUAAAUCAAAGGCUGAGCCGGUCCCUCUUGUCCCGCCCUCAUGUAGGAAGAGCAAAGACAUUUCGAACAAAGAGGACUCACAGGCUAUACAUUCAGACCCAGACAACAUCAAGAGUGUUGCCCUUUCUAGCCCCAAAAAAUCGACCCCUCCUCAGGAAAAGAAGAAGGCGACAUUAGAGUGGACGAAGAGUGUAGAAAUAUCUGCUGUGGACACUGCGUCUUUGUUGGAAAAGUCUGAUGGAGGUAAUGGGAAACAAGAGAAAACAACAUCGGAUAUGGAAAUACUGGAUGCCAAAUCCUCUGAAGUCAUUGUGGAUGGAAAGACGUCCCAGGCAAUAGAUGACGCAACUAGUUCCUUUGUGUCCUCUAAAAAACCUGAGGUGCCCACAGAUAAGACGAAAGUUUCUAAAAAAGUGACAGAAAAACCUAAAGCCUUCCAUUUAUCUCUUCGUUUGCCUCAUUCUAAAAAAGCAGACAUGCCACAGCUCCGUACAUCUUCCUUGAAACACAAGGGUCCAUCAUCAAAUCUUGACUUGCAUUCCACUGCAAAGACUGCAGGCGUAGUGCCACCUGCAAGUGGAAAGACAAAACCAUCUCCUCUCCUCUCAAAAGCUGAGUCAAGCUCUAGUACUCGGUCAAGGGGUCGCUCUCCUGGACGGAAAGAUCCUGUGGCACCUGUUCGCACCAAAAAGGGCAGGUCUCUGUCUCGUGAAACCCCCAAAGCUAACACAGAGACGGAGGUGGAACUGAAGAGGGAAACAUCAGAUAAAGCUACAGACAAGGUUCAAGAACCAGUAGCACCCCUUCGUCCUAAGAAGGGAAGAUCCCAGUCUCGCGACCCUUCCCAACUCAGUGGUGCUGACAUGGAUGUUGAACUGAAGACUGUACCAUCAGACAAACCUGAAGACAAGGCAUCAGAUGAGAAGACAGAAGAGUCAAGACGUCGUUCUCCUUCACCAAAGCAACCAAUGGCGCCAGCUCGCACCAAGAAAGGGAGGUCAAAGUCUCGUGAACCCUCCAAAGUGAGUGGUGCUGAAAUGGAGAUGGAACUGAAAGCUUCAGCAGUAGAUGAGCCGCUAGAUAAGGAUGAAAAGACUCCAGAAUCAGAUGAGAAGACUGAGAAGUCCAGGGGUCGUUCUCCCGGACCAAAAGGACUGGUGGCACCCAUUCGCACUAAGAAGGGCAGGUCUCAGUCUCGUGAAAUCUCCCAAGUUAGUAGCACUGAGAUGGAGCUGGAGUCAUCAGUUUCAGAUGAGCCUGUUGGCAAGAUAUCAGAUGAAAAGACUCAAUCAAGGGGUCGUUCUCCUGGAACGAAACGACCAGUGGCACCCAUCCGAGUUAAGAAGAGCAGGUCUCGAUCUCGGGGAACCUCUCAGAUCAGCAGUACUGAGAUAGAGGGAGAACUGGAAUCAUCAGCUUCAGAAGAGCCUGUUGGCAAGAUAUCAGAUGAAAAGACUCAAUCAAGGGGUCGUUCUCCUGGCACAAAACGACCAGUGGCACCCAUUCGAGUUAAGAAGAGCAGGUCUCGAUCUCGGGGAACCUCUCAGAUUAGCAGUACUGAGAUAGAGGGAGAACUGGAAUCAUCAGCUUCAGAAGAGCCUGUUGGCAAGAUAUCAGAUGAAAAGACUCAAUCAAGGGGACGUUCUCCUGGCACAAAACGACCAGUGGCACCCAUCCGAGUUAAGAAGAGCAGGUCUCGAUCUCGGGGAACCUCUCAGAUCAGCAGUACUGAGGCAGAGGCGGAACUGACGGCAUCAGCAUCAGAUGAGCCUCUAGACAAGGAUGAAAAGACUCAGUCAAGGGGUAGGGGUCGGGGUCGGUCUCCUGGACCAAAGCGACCAGUGGCACCCCUCCGACUUAAGAAGAGCAGGUCUCGAUCCCGUGGAACCCCUCAGGUCAGUAGUACUCAGACAGAGAUGGAACCGAAGGCUUCAGCAACAGAUAAACCUGCAGAAGAGGUAUCUGAUGAAAAGAGUCCAUCAAGAACUCACACUGCAGCACCAAAUGAACUGGUGGUGCCCACUCCCAACAAGAAGGGCAGGUCUAAAUCUUGUGACACUUCCAAAACAGAUAAACCUCCACGUCAUUUAGAAUCAGAUGAGCAGCAGAAGCCCAGCAAAGACAUUACUGACAUUAUAGCUGGGGUGAAGAUGCGAGAGAAACCUGCAGAUCUUCCAGUUCCCAUGCCCUGCAAUAAGACACGUCUGAGUGGGUCUUUUCUGGAUGACAUGCCUGCUGCUGACAAAGAUGCCUGGGGUAAGGCAGUGACAGAGGGCUUAACCACCCUACCUGUUCCAAAGCCUCGCACUAAGAAGCGUUUAAGUGGCUCUUGCCUAGAUAUGCCCACCAUUCACAAAGACUCUUGGGAGAAGUCUGUUAAGACAACAAACGUACCCGUUCCUCUGCCGCGCGUUAAGAAGCAACUUGGUGCUUGUGGAGAAGCAAAAACAGAGUCCUCAGACAAAGGUGUCAGUCAAGGCCUGUCAACCUUACCUGUGCCCAUGCCGCGUAUUAGAAAACGUCUGAGCGGAUCUUGCUUGGAUGAUGAGACAUCACCCAGUGUGGAAGACUCAGCAGAGGAUGCUACAGACGGAGGGAAAAAAGGCCUCACAGGACGUCUGGAGAGCUUGCCAGUUCCCAUACCUCGUGUGAAGACACGGCCGACAAGUGGGUCCGACUUUGACGACAGUUCACCACCCACGGAAUCUCAGUCGUUUGCGGCUAAAAUAGCCGAGGACAUAAGGAGCAGAGUGAGGGGGAUUACAGAGAGCCUGUCAACCCUACCCAUUCACAUGCCACGAUGGAAACGACACAGUGGCACCGUUUUGGAAGAUGAAGUGCCGUCCACGUCUGCGACAGAACCUGCAGCGGCAGACCACAAAGCCCUGCCAGAGAUGGCCAUGCCUGAGGACUCUCCAGGCACAGCUGUGCUUAUGCCUCGCUCAAAGCAGCACCUCACUGAAACAGACAAAAAGGCUCCCACGGAUGUAGUAUCCCUAUCCGUCCACACGGCCUCCUCUGAGGAUUCAAGUGUCCCACAAGUGGCAUUGGAUGAAGACAUCAACAAAGAGUCUUCCUCUCUCUCUUUUGCCAAACCAAUUAGAAGUAGUGAUGAGGCGACGGAAGCACCACCAGGGCGCUCUGUCACUCCAGCUGCUCCCGAGGGCACGGCCAUACCUCAAGAGACGGCGGCUGUGUCACCAACAGUAGACGUGCCACAAGUCACUCCAACAGCCCCCGAGUACACAGUUGCUCUUCAGGAGACAUCUCCGCCUGAGGAGAAAGCUGCCUCUGUGGAUGAAGCUGUCGCUGAGGACAAAGCUGCCCCUGAGGAGUCUGCAAAAGGUGACAAAGCAGAUGAGAAGUCCACCCUAACCAGCACAAAACCGUCUUCGACUCCAAAAGAAACAGUUGCUGUAGAAGAGACAGCAGUGUCAUCAACAGGCAAAGACAAAGCACAUGCAGGUAAUCAGAGCACUGAGUUGUCUUCAACAACUACAGUCCCAGUUGAAACAGACAAGGACAAGACACAUGUGGAUGAUGCGAUCACAAAACCGUCUUCAACAUCAAAAGCCCAUGAGGAAACAGCUGCUGCAGAGGAGUCAGCUCUGUCACCAACAGGCAAAGACAAAGCACAUGUCGGUGAUCAGAGCACGGAGAUGUCUUCAACAAUAAAAGUACCUGUUGAAACAGACAAAGACAAAAAACAUGUGGAUGAUGCGAUCACAAAAAUGUCUUCAACUUCAAAAGCCCAUGAGGAAACAGCUGCUGCAGAGGAGACAGCCAUGUCACCAACAGGAGACAAAGCGCAUGUGGACAAAGAGAAGUCCAACAUAGCCAGCACAGAAGUGUCUGUCACUACAACUGCCCCUGAGGACACAGCUGCCUCUGAGGACACUGACGUGUCACCAACACGAGACAUAGCACAUGUGGACACGGACACAAAGUCCUCCACAGCUGACAAGGAACCAUUGCCAGAAGGCACAGAUGUUCUGAAACAAACAGAGGCUCCAGCACAAAGCACAAAGACUCAAGGAGAGGGAUGCGAGCAAGCCAGUGAAAUUUGUGACCAGGCAAAGCCAACAGCAACUGUUGAAGAAACGGGUGUCGGGGAGACUACUAAGUCAUCUGUGGUGCCAAAGGUGGUAGACUCAGGGCGAGCGGUAGAGGAAAUGAGUGAGGGACAGGAGUCAGGGGAAGACACAGCAGCAAGUGACAGUGAAGAUUAUGACAGCCAGGAGAUGGCAUCAGAUGAUUCCAGUGGUCCUGUUCCAAGGCCGCGCAGGAAGAAAUCUCAGAAGUCACUUUCACCCACCGGCCAGGAAGAGCUGUCGGACGUCCCAGCUGUGGUGCCCCGACGCAGCAGGAAGAAACUGUUAGCAGACCCAGCUGGGGCCGCAGCUGAAGGGGAGGCCGAUCCUGAAAGAUCUACUGAGGGUCUGGUGACGUCCAGCCAGUCCCUACUGCAGUGGUGCCAGGAGGCUACUCAGGACCACAAGGGGGUGAAGAUCACCAACUUCAGCACCUCGUGGAGGAACGGCCUGGCCUUCUGUGCAAUCUUACAUCACUUCUGCCCAGAUAAAAUAAACUAUGAAAUGCUGGACCCAUAUGAUAUCAAGCAGAACAACAAGAAGGCGUUUGAGGGCUUUGCGGAGCUGGGCAUCACGCGGCUGAUGGAGCCGUCGGACAUGGUGCUGCUGUCCGUGCCGGACCGCCUGAUCGUCAUGACCUACCUCAACCAGAUCCGCACGCACUUCAUGGGCCAGGAGCUGAGCGUGGUGCAGAUCGGACGCGACACCAGCGAGUCCAGCUACGCCGUGGGGGCAGCACGGGACGAGAACCGCCCGCCGCCCGACCCAGAGGCUGCCGCCCGCUACUGCGCCCAGCAACUGCAGAAGAGCAGCGCCGCCAUCGCCAUGGAGACCAGCGGCGGUGGUGGAGGCAGUGGUGGAGGUGGUCUCCCGGCGGAAAGGGCAGGCUCACAAGAAAGGGACACAAGCAGUGCUACCAACGGUGACAUGGUGGCACCUCCACGCGGCAAGAAGGCACAGACCCCAACAUCGGCACCUGCAGCAGCAGCAGUGGAAGCAGCAGUGCCAGCGGCGGGGGGGUCAGGAACAGGAUCGGGCGCCACCACCACCGGGGGGGGCCCCGUGGCCCCCGCCAGGUCGCACUCCGUCUCGUCCAAGUCGGGCUUCGGCCGCGUGAAGGACGCCGACCUGGUGAAGAAGAGGCGCUCGCAGAUGCGGGGGGAGUCCAUGGACGAGUCAGAGUUGUCGGACACCACCAGCAAAGCAGAGACAACAGCCUCCAGCCAGACAAGUGCCCAGCGCACAGAAUCACAAACCACAGAGUCGGAGGAGGAGAGCCGCAUGGCGGAAGAGGAGGGCCAGGACUCGAGUCAGUAUGUGGUGUGUGAGAUGAGGGCUCUGGAGAUGGAGCAGAAGCAGAUUGACCGCAGGGCCGGAUACGUGGAGAAGAAACUACGGACGCUCAUGGAGACCGGUGCGGACCGUAUUGAGGAGGAGAAGUUGAUUCAGGAGUGGUUCGAGUUGGUCAACAAGAAGAACGCCCUCAUCAGGAGACAGGACCAGCUGCAGCUGCUGCAAGAGGAGCAGGACCUGGAGAGGCGCUUUGAGCUGCUGAAGGGGGAACUGCAUGACCUGAUGGCCAUAGAGGUACGCCGCUGUCGACUGUGGUUCGAGCUGCUGAAGAGAGAGCUGCAGGAAAUCGUGGCAGAGCAGGACUGGAAGAAGACCCAGGCCCAUAAGCAUCGAGAGCAGCUGCUGCUGCAGGAGUUGGUGUCUCUGGUCAACCAGAGGGAUGAGCUGGUGCACGACAUGGACGCCAAGGAGAGGGGAGCCGUGGAGGAGGACGAGAGGCUGGAGCGAGGUCUGGAGCAGAGGCGCAGGAAGUACGGCAGCCGCAAGGAGAAGGAGAAGUGCUCGGUGCAGUGAGGCCGAAGGAGGAGAGAGAGAGAAAAGAAAUGGAGAGAGAGAGAGAGAGAGAGAGAGAGGAAGAGAGAGAGAGAGAUGAGGAGACAGAUAAGCAGACCUGACGGGAAGUUCAAAGGUCAGAGUUCAUCUUAAGGUCAAAGGUCAUCUCUUCAUCCUCCUCCUCUGAGGUCAUCCUAUGGCCCUCUGACCUUGUGCUCCUCUCUCACUCUCUUGGUGACUGGUGAAAACAAGGUGAAACUGACAAGUCUGGGGUGCAUUUCUCGAAACCAAAGUUGCUUACUACAUUAGCUACUUUGUUGUUUUCAAUGCAUUUUCCCAUUGGCAACUACCCAAGUUGCUAGCAGGCUAACAACUUCUCUUUUGAGAAAUGCACCCCUGCUCUGCCUGGAGAGGUCGAAAAAAAAUGACAAUGACAAGUCUUGAGUGAUGAUGAACGGUCGACAGUGAAGUGCAUCAUUUUUUUAGCCUGUUCCUGUUCUUGGGAACACACUGUGAGAACUCAGAGACAGAGAGCAGCCUGGAACAUACAGUAGUCAUCAAUUUCUUUAAAGUAAAAGUUUCAUUUUUAUUUGUGCUUACAAAAGAGAACACUAACGUUUCUACACACGUUGAGUUUAUCAGAAUCCAUUGACAAGGAGUGACGAAGGAGACGCAAUAUGUUGAAAUGUUAGUUUUGUCCGUUGUUUAUGCAAAUAAAAUAAGGCUGUAAUGUUGGCCGUUAUACUCCAGUUUCUCCUGAUUGUGUUGAGAAGCAUCAUAAAGGCUGAUGUAUGCCUGCCUCUAUGAAACUGCAAGCAUUGAAUGGAGCUGUCUCUAUCUCCUAGGACUACCUGUUGUAGUUUGUCUUUGCACAGCCAUUGUAGUUAUGUAUGUACGUAAUUGACAGUGGAAUUUUGUUGAUGUCUUUUUUUUUAUCAAGAUUUUGGUUGAAGCUCACUCGUGUGCGUUGAGAGUUAGCCAUGGUUGUUGUUUUUUUACAUGGCCGUUCUACAGCAUGCCUUGUUGUUUGAUACAAUGUAAUCUAACGUGACGUUAUGAGACGUCACUUCACCACAGCACUGCCCUACAAAGCAAAAAAGCAGUAACUGCAUUACUGUUUAAAAUGAGUUACUAUGACUUUAAUGCCAUAUAUCACAGUCUGAAGUUAAAUAAAAUGAGUCAUCUUCAAAAAAGGUGGUACUAUAAAGUAACAAAACUGUCAAAUGCACAAUAAUCUCCCAAAAACACUUCUACUGGAUUGCAGUAUAAUUUUAAAGUCAACUGACUCAGUUUUGAGCUUUGCGCAGUUACCGGCUUUUUGCUUUGUAGGGCAGAGCAGUUACGGAGUUCUUCAGUCGAAGAACUGCAUGCGAAUGAGAUUGCUUCAGCCUACUACUACUACAUACACCAAAGAUAUCACUCCAGCAAUUUCCCGCUCUUGUACACUGGGGCCAGAGACUUUGCUGCCAUAUUUAAAACUAACACUGCCAUACACAUAUCAUACUGAGGAGACCGAUUGUUACGUAAUAGGUUGACUUUUUUUGACUCAUAUGACUUUUUAAUUGAAAGGAAAAAACAAACAAAACAAAACCAACAUACUACUGUUGAAAGUUACUGAAUGUACAGUAUUAAACAUGUAUGUGAAUGAGUGAAACGUGAGAUCCCAGAAAAAGAAAAAGAAAAAGAAAAAGACAUCUGAAGAAAGGUCUUUUAUGUGAGAGGCCUUAAACACAAAGAAGGCUUGUGUGUCCAACUCCGUUGGGAAGGGAAGGGUGACACACAAGAGGGACGUUAUAACAAAAGCUGUGGAGCUUUCUAGAAGGUCUGGCAAGGAAGAAUAAAAUGCUUGUGCCUCUCUCCCUUUCAUUUUAUUUUGUGCCGUACAGUAGGAGUGUUUUGAGUCAGGUUACAUGGAGCUGGGCCUCAGAGCUCUAGUUCGUUAAGGGAACACACUCCAGCAUUUCUUGAAAUGUGCCCUUUUUCCACCUUCCGUGAAUAAUUGAGUUUACCUUUCUCCUACGACUUUUGAAGAACUUGAUUGCCAGUUUUUUUGUUUUUUUUUAAUCCUACAUAUUGCAACAUACAGCAAUACAUACACGUAGGUCUAUUUGACAAGGAUUUUUCACCUCAUUUAAGAUGAGGUUCCCUUUAAUUGCUUUUUGAACUAACAUUAGCCAUUUGUCACCUAAUUUACAAUAGGAGAUUAUUUCCGGAUAUUCCAAUUUAAGAUUAAAUUUGACGUUGGUUACAUACUUUGAGGCCCUUUUUUUAAAUGUGUGUUUUUAUCAUGUUGAUUUUGUAGCGCACACGUUACGUACACGGUCAGAUUCAGUUGUUCUCACACUGACCUUCUGCAAAAAAUGUUUUCUGCAAACUACCACAGUAUUAUUUUUACAAAUAUCUGACCUGCAAUAGCAUUCUAAACUGUGCAAUGAGGAACCAACAGCAAGGAAAAUAAAUAAAUAAAUAAAAUGCUGUGACGUUGGUGUGUAAGCAGAUUUCAGAGUGAAUGCGUUUUGCAGGCAUGCGCGUGUUUCUGUGUGUCAUCAAUACAUGUGUAUGUUUGGUUGCCUUUUUAAGUGUGCGACUGUGUGUGUGUGUGUGUGUGUCUGUGUGUGUGUGUGUGUAUGUGUGCUCGUAUACAAGUUUGACAAGUGCAUAUUAUGGUACAAAGUGUACAAUGUUUUGUGUGUGAUAUAUCGGGAAUUUUACUUUUGGGAAAAGUUUUCUGACUUGCUGUAUUUGCACUAUUUAUAAUGUUCCCCCCUACAGUCCCUCAAAAAUAAUAAAUAAUGGACUGCCUAA